UGCUGCAUUCCCGUCUCCACUCCCGGUGGGUGUAAAAUUCUCCUUGGGGUCUGUGAUUGUCAUCGGAAAAAUCCCAAUAGAGCGACGGCAAUGGCGGACGUCUCACCGCAACCGAGCCGAUCGAGGGAUCUUGACAAGCUCCUUCUUAGGCCUGGUAAUCUCGUUGGUCCCAGGUUCGAACCUGGCCCUGAGAUGAGAGAUGACCUUCAGACUUACGCCAGAGUGUUAGUAGUAGGGGCAGGCGGGUUGGGAUGUGAGCUGUUGAAAGAUUUAGCACUAACUGGUUUUCGAAACUUGGAGGUCAUAGAUAUGGAUCGUAUAGAGGUUACUAAUCUCAAUCGUCAAUUCUUGUUUAGGCUUGAAGAUGUUGGCAAACCAAAAGCUGAGGUAGCGGCCAAGCGUGUCAUGGAAAGAAUCAGUGGUGUAAAUAUUGUACCUCAUUUUUGCCGGAUUGAAGACAAGGACAUAUCUUUUUAUAAUGAUUUCAACAUUAUUGCCCUCGGUCUUGAUUCAAUUGAGGCUCGCAGCUACAUCAAUUCUGUGGCUUGCAGUUUUCUAGAGUAUGAUUCUGACGAUAAUCCACGAGAAGAGACAAUCAAACCUAUGGUAGAUGGUGGAACUGAAGGUUUCAAGGGCCAUGCUAGGGUUAUCUUGCCAGGGAUCACACCAUGCUUUGAGUGUACAAUCUGGCUUUUCCCGCCUCAAGUGAAGUUUCCUUUAUGCACCCUUGCUGAAACCCCUAGAACAGCUGCUCAUUGUAUUGAAUAUGCACAUUUGAUUAAAUGGAAUGAGGUUCAUGGUGCAACAGCAUUUGAUCCAGAUAACCCUGAGCAUAUGAAAUGGGUCUACGAUGAGGCUUUAAAGAGAGCUGAGCUUUUUGGCAUUCCAGGAGUUACUUAUUCUCUUACCCAGGGUGUUGUGAAGAACAUCAUUCCAGCUAUAGCUUCCACCAAUGCAAUUAUAUCUGCUGCAUGUGCACUGGAAACACUGAAGAUUGCAACAGAGUGCAGCAAAACUUUGUCCAAUUAUUUAACGUACAAUGGAACACAAGGCGUCCAUACUAAAGUCACGGAAUUCGAGAGGGAUAAAGAGUGCCUUGUGUGUGGUCCUGGUGUACUUAUUGAAGUGGAGCCUUCAGUCACAUUGCAGAAGGUUAUUUCUCAGCUCUUGACUUCCGAACCUCUUCGAU